AUGCGAAGGUCCAAAACCCAAGCCCCCUCUUCCUCCUCUCUUCUGCUUCAAGGAGGCAGUGCCGCCGCCUCAUCCACCCCAUGCGACCCUCUGGAACCGCCAUGGCUCUUCAGAUCCUUCCAAACCCUAGCCUCCAUCGCCACCCAGACCCUCAACAAGAGCGCACCUCGACCGCCGGCGCGUAGGGUUCGGCUCUCGUCGGAGGAGCAAGGCGAGGCCGAGCACCGGGCGCUGGCGUCGGCGCUGGCGAGCGCGAAGGAGGCGACGGUGAUCGAGUUCUACUCGCCCAAGUGCAGGCUUUGCAGCUCCCUGCUUGACCUCGUUCUUGAUUUGGAGGCCAAGAAUGAGGAUUGGGUUCGAUUUGUGCUUGCGGAUGCCGAGAACGAGAAGUGGCUCCCUGAGCUCCUACAUUAUGACAUUAAGUAUGUUCCUUGCUUCGUUCUGUUGGAUAAACAUGGAAGAGCUCUUGCAAAAACAGGGAUCCCGACGAGCAGAAUGCAUGUCGUAGCUGGCCUUUCUCAUCUUCUACAACUCAAGAAGCCACCGCGACCUAAGAGAAAGGGUUCUUCAUGAUAGGCAUGAGUAUGGACUUACAUAAAAAUGUUUUACUUCUGAAUAUUUCAUAUUAAAUCCUUUUGUGCUACUGUCAUUCUCAUCACUGAUUGGCUUGUAAUUUAAUUUCACUACCUUGGUCUUGAGCUAGUAUCCUGUGGGUCGGUCAAAUGUUAUUGAAUGUAAAUUACAUGGUUGAUAAUUCAAAUUAUAGACUUUCUAAUAUAAUUCAGAAAGAGAUGAGCUUGGUGUA